AUGGAGGUAGGUGGUCCUCGGAGGAAUCCCAGCUACCUUUCUGAUCUCUAUCAGAACAUGUUACGGGCUGAAGAAGCACGGGGACAAAGGCAGCAGCAGCCCCCCGCAGCGCAUACAAGUAGCAGCAUGACUCUUGGCAGCAGCACUCCAGCUAAGGAGGGCCCCCAGCCAAAUAAGCUUCAGAGCAGCACUUCCUCCAGCUGUGAUCCAGCAUUACGGCCUAUCAUACGCCGCCGAGCAAGGUCUUUGCCUACAUCAUCUGAACGAAGGAGGCAAGCAGCAGUGCAGUGUCAAGUUCCAGGGUGCCAGAGUCGUAUGAACCGGGUGAGAUUUGCCGAUGCUUUGGGCUUGGAGCUCACUGAAGUGAAAGUCUUCCAAACUGGGGAGGAUCCAUCAAUCCCCUUGCAUGUCCUUUCCAGGCUCUCAAUAAACUCAGAUCUCUGGUACAGCAGCUUGGACUUGGAAUUUACUAUGCAGUGCUUGGUCCCUGACUUCCAGCAGCCUGCAGACUGUAUGGAUUUCUCCUCUCGACUUCAGGAGCAGCAGGUGUGUCUUGAACGAGUGACCAGCUCAGAUUUGGGGCUCAGUGGCACCAUCCAGGUUCUCAAUGUUGCUUUUGAGAAGCAGGUAUCUGUGCGAUACACCUUCAACCAGUGGAAAAGCCUCCAUGAAGUGUGUGCUCAUUGGCACAGUAGCAUCCCUGAGAAAAAUGGGCAGGAUCAGGUUGAUGUUUUCACUUUCUUUCUCCCUGUGCCUCCUUUCCUCCUUCAGCUGUGUUCUGUUGUCCAGUUUGCGGCAAGGUACCAAGUCAGUGGCCAGGAGUACUGGGAUAACAACAGAGGCAAAAACUACAGUCUUACCUGCCGGACUCACCCCCUUAAGAUGCCUAGAGAAUGCGAGGAGAGCUGGAUCCACUUUAUCUGAACAAGCGAAGUGGAUGCAGAGCAGCUUGUCAGUAGUCUCAGUGGCACUCUCUUCCUUGGCAUGGCUCUCUGCUCCUAUGGCAACAGUCUCCUUUUUGAAACCUGCCAAACCUGGCGAAGUGUUCCAGGGCUGGAAAGUGGCCAAUGACCCACACUAACCAUUCAAAACCUUUCAAAGUAGUAAGAGCCAAAAUGUGUAUUGAGUUACAUCAGUUGAAAGCCCGUGUGAUUUCUUGUAGCAUAUGAGUCGUUGCAGAAUGGUUGCAAGAAAUAUCGUCAGGCUACUAGAGCACAAGAAGACACUCCAUGUUGCUAGUAAUAUUCUGGGUUGCAUAAAAUAUUUGUAACCGAUCUAUUUUACCAUUUUGUACUGCUUGUUUUCUAAAUGGACAGUGUGGCUUUACUGGUUUUGUUUCUAACUUUGUUUAUAUUAUCUCACCAAGUCUGGGCACUGUUCCAUUUAUGCGUAAUUUGGAUGGCAGACACUGUAGGGAGUAUGUGUGUUUAUAUAUAUAUUUUUAAGAGUGUAACCACAUUAAAUAUUUCCAUUAAUAUUUGGGUUGGCAUUACGAGCAGAACAUACAUGAAAAUGUGCUAUCAGCCCCUCUGUUUCCCUUAAGAAAAGGCACCAUUUUUUUUUAAUCUCCAGUGUUUGCAGUAGGCAGCAGGAAUGAUUGUAACGAAAGUAUGUGCAAGGGGGAAGUUCUCAUCUUUUUCAGGUGAUGCACAAGUAGGCUUUUUCUCUAGAUGGUGGUAUAGGAAUUGUCUUGUGCGCCUGUUUUUACUAAGGGAAACAAGCAAUUUUGCACGUGUUGCAAUUGCAGUUGAAGAUCUUAAGGCACUAUAUGAAUGCCAAUGAUCUUACCACUGUUACUGGUAACGUUUUUUUUUCAUACAUAUAUUCAUAACUGCAUGAAAAGUUCAGCUUUAUUUGUGUAGCAUAACUUUUCAAAACUGUCUGGCUGGAUAUAUUAGAAGCGGUGCUUUUUAGGACUGUAGUAUGAAAAUCAGGCCACUUAGCUUAUUUUGGAUUGCUGCUUAGUCAUCAAAAUCACAAGUUGUUUUUAAAAUCACCAUUGUAAGCAACCCGCAGCCAAGUCUACUGUAGUCCAAAAAGUCUACUGAGUAAUUCUGGAAGUGCAGAAAGCCUAGGAAAAUUCAUGUGUCUGGCACCUUAACGUUACUCCUUAGUUGUGACACCCAUUUAGCAAAGCUAGGGUUUCAAGUGAAGAAGCUGCUUGCUUUCAAAGUCCUGCAUGAUGAUUCUGUGAGCUGCUGAGCACCUCUUGCAGAGUGCUGAAACAACUCGAUCCUAUUUGAAAUUGUUGCGAAUUGACUGCGAUGUUUGCUUUAACUUUGUAUUGGAGCACUGUGAGGUUGAAUGUUUAAGUUGAAAUUGUUUUGAAGGAGUAGGUGAGGCGGAGGUGCAAUUGCCAACUACAGAGUUGCCUGCUUUCAAUCCACCUGGGUUACUUUCUGUAUCUGGGUUAGAAGAGUCACCGUUGCCUAUCUGGCAGCAGCUCUUGCCUCCUUGAAAAAUCAGUGGAGGGAAGUCUAGUCUUCCUCGUAUGACACAAAAAAUUAGAGCUCUGUAAGAAGGGGCACUAUCUCACUGUAAGGUAUUUUGCCUCCUAUGGUAGGCUUCAUAUGACUAAAAUAAAAUGCAAUAUAGGACAUAAUAUAUCUGAACUAGUCACCUCUACUCUUCAUAGUGAAUGGAGAUGUUUUCGCUAUAGUUGGCAGACUACCAGUGGUGUGACAGACUGUAUCAUCUUUGUUGAGUGCAGAGAGAACACUGCGAGACUAGUUCUGCCAUACUGAAACUCUCAGCAUUACUGCAGAUUGUGCCAAAUUAUGCCAGAGUCCAUAGACAUUAGAUGAGCUGAAACACCUUCAGUGACUGCAGAAAAAUAUUUCUUGGCAUGAAUUGAAAUUGCAUUAGCCUUACUUUUGUGAAACUUGCUCACUUAAGAAAUUCCAUUAAAGUUUAUCCAGUAUUGUUAAAGUCCAUAGAAGCAUCAGUGAAGGAGAAAAUGAACACACACGCACACAAGCACUUGUACCGAAUAAAAGGCCCUAUUUUAAAGUAUUGUUCUCCCCCCUCUUUUCCCCUCCCAAUUUCCUGUAUUUCUUCCAUCACCAAAACCACUGAAUUGCCUCUCAGCACACCAUAAAAAAAUCCCUCUUUUGGGGGACUAAUACUUGACACAAGUUAACAAUGGGUGUUGCUGGAGCCCAAUGCAAUAUUUAGCUUACUGGCAGAAGGAUGUUGUUGCCAUCUACUGGGAGAGACUCGUGCAAGCAAACAUCAAAUUUGAGUGUUACUGCAGGCAGGGACAGAUGAUGUAAAGUUUAAAGGUUAUCAUCAUGUAUACCACAGUGUCAGAGAGAGGUGAGAAAUUAAUGUCUCAGCAAUGUGAGCUUGGCUUGUAUUGUCUUCCUUCCUCAACCUCUCAGGGUAUUUGCAUGUGCAAAAUCUUGAAAGCUAAAGUAUAAUUCCAAGUUUGCCUUUUCUCUCUUUGCUUGUCUUGCUCUGCUGGAGAAGAAUUGACAGUAGCUGUUACUAAACAGUUGUCUGGCAUUGCUGACUGGGAGUUGACAUUAUAAUGGAACUGAGAGUGAUCUCGGAGUUAAGCUGCUAAACAUUCACACAAGUACUGGCACCUGUCACAUGAAAGAUGAAAUUUGCAUGUAUGUUUUCCUGGCACAUUCAGUAGUGAACAUCAAAAUGAUUCUAGUUGACAAAAAAGGGAUUAAGCCAUUAAGUAGUGGUAAUACUCACCUGUCAUGAAGGUAAACUUACGUCACCUUUAUAAAUUCUCAGGACAACUUGACUUUCACUGUGUUCAAAUUAAGCACUUCCUUAUAAUGAGGAUUUUUGUAAAAGUGAAUUUUUCGUAAGGGUUAUUGCCAUAUAACGCACUUUUAAAAACCUGUAUUUAUUAUAUGAUAAAUGGAUGUCUAGUAGUUCACAGUUUCAAGGUUCUUUCAAGCAUGUUUUUUAAAGAAGUAUAUGAAAUCUAUGUAAAUGAAAAGGGGUUGUCUUUCCUGAUUAAGCAUCUUGUCCAGAAUAAAGUACAUUACACAGUAUAUCACUAAAGCACAAAUGCUAGACAAAAGGUCAUUUUGUUUUAGUGGAUAGCUGUACAAUUCUAAAGUACUUAACUUUAAAAACAAUAAUAAAACUAUGGCUAUUGUAAUACAAAAAAUUGGAAUAAAAGCUUUUCA